UACGCAAGAGUCUUUUCAUUGACGAAGCGAAGAAAUCAUCAUGAUCAUUAAAUAUAAAUGAAAUUUAGAAGUUUAUUAUCUAGAUUUAGGUCUAGAUCUAGAAUCUAGUAAACAUUGGGCUUUUAGUGCUUCAUACUAGACUAGGUCCAUUCAACUAACUAGCGUUACCAUGGCUGGAUGGUCAGGAUUUAGCGAUGAAGAUCUUCGAAAAAUGCGAUUAGCUAGUUUACCAGAUUCAGAAAAUAGUGCACCCACAAGAAAAACUGGUAAGUCUGUUGUGGCACAAAGAAUUACUUCAAACAAGCCAGCUAGCCAGAAUUCCACCGCUCCUCAGAGAAAGGAGAAAAAUGCAUUGAACCCAAAUGUUAUCACCUCUGAGAAUAAACAAAUUGAUCACCAAAAUAAAAUUCAUAACAAAAAGGGAAUUGAUAACAAAAAGGAAACUGACUCUUCUUCACAGCCAGCUGUCACUAUUACACCUUCCCAGACAUUUGAUGGUAGUUUGACUGAGAGGGUACCAGAAUCACCUGGCAGUUUAGUCGCUGUUGAAAAUGAUAUUAAGGAAUUGGAUGAAGCUGAGGCAUUCAAUGUGGAACUGAGUAAUGUUCAGAAAUUUCAACAGCAGCAGAAAGUCAUAGAGGAAGCCAAUAAGCAUAAGAGAGCUCUCCUGGCUCAGGCUAUAGAAAACAGGAGGAAGAAGGCCAAAGCAGAAGCAGAGAAGUUAAUGAGAGUACAGCAAGAGUUAAAUCACCUGGACACCCUCCUGACGGCUGAUGUCAGUAUCAUCCGAGACAGAAUUGAAAUCGCAAGCCUAGAGUACAACGAUGCCCAAAAACGCUAUGAGAAAGCUGAGAAGGAGUUUAUAGCGGCAAAGAUGGAUCUGUUUGCUAAGGGGGAAGUGAAAGAGCAACUGACGGAGCACCUAUACACCAUUAUACACCAGAAUGAGGUCAGGAAGGCCAAAAAAUUGGUGGAGCUGAUGGAGAAACUGGCCAUGGAGGUCACGGCUGAUGAAUGGGAGCUGACCAUACCAGCCAUACCCCAACUGACUAAUUUCACUGCAGUAGCUACAUUGCAUGGCCCAGCCCAUGGUCAUUCAAAAGACAGGACUAAAGAAGACGAAAAGACUAGUCCACAAACGGCGAAUGAGCUAGAAAAAAAUGUGAAAGUGAAUUCUGAAGAUCUUAAUGGAAAGGUCAUUCAAGUUUGUGAUGACGAAGACGUUAAGGUAAAGGGCAUUAAGCCUGAAGCUCAAAGUUCAGAGGCUUUUGUGUCUAAUGAAUCUCAAACUAUUAGUCUCCCUUGUAAUGGCGCGGCAUUGAAUGCUGUGGAGCAGUGCGAACAAGUAGAACAGUGCAAGGUAGUCGACACAGAGUCACCUCCCCCCGAUGUAUCCGACAUUAACCGAAAUAUAGCAACUUUCAAAACAUGUGAAGAAAGUGCAUCUACUGACUGCGACGUAAACCACCAGGCCAGCAAGCAUCAAGAAAAUGUGAUAGCCACACCUGUGGAAGAAGCAGCAACAUCUCCGCCACCAGUUCACAUCAAUAAUGGAUGGAAGCAUCCAUUCAGUUGAUGACUUUUAUUAUUUAAUUUACAGUUAUUUCCACUCUCUGGGCUCAUCAUAUCAAUCUUCAUGGAAACAAUGUAUUUGUCCUAUUAUUCAUAUAUUACUGUAUUUGGAUGAAGCAUAAUAAUAAGACUGUGGAAAGUAAAAUAUCCCAUAGAUUCAUUGUUCGUAAUUGAGAAGCUUACCUGUCUCAUCAGGCUAUGAUGUAGGGCUAUGUCUUGAGGCAAGCUAAAGGACUGCAGUUAUAUACCCUAACAUGUGCCCAUGAUGGUUUUGUGAACACUGGGGCAUCCCUGAAUGUUUUGUAAUAGUAGUAGUUAUUUAAAGACAGGAUAUAGGCUCUCCCGGGGUACUGCCAUUUAGACAUUGUAUUUUGUUUCCCGAUUAACAAAGUAUGCAAAUUUGAUAAGAUGACACUGCAGUGGAGUUAAAUCUAUGUCUUUUUUUGACCGUGUGUUGGGGUUUAAUCUAUGUCUAUUUCUGGCAGUAUUAUUCGGUUUAAUCUGAGUCUUUUUCUGACAGUCCUUUGGGGUUUCUGAAUUAUGUAAUGUUCGUCAAUUUGUAGUCAAAUAUUUUGACUGUUAUUUGAUUCUCUUCCUCUUGAAAUGAUUAGCUAAUCAGCUAGAAGUAUAAUGUUGUUAUUCAAGGUUAGUGAAAAAUUACUGCUCUUUUUAUUUCUUUAUGUCAAUUUCAGAUCUUUUAAUUUUCUGUAAAAAGAAAGAGCCCGAAAAUUAAUGAGGAAUGCAGCACAAUAAAAAGAAAGUAGCUUUUAAAAAAAAAAAUCACUGCUAAGUUUCACAUGCUAAUUUUAUAUGAAACAUUAGAUUAAAAAAGAGCUUGGGAAACAUGUCCAGGAAGGCCUACUUAAUAGAGCACCUACAUUAAAUUUAAUUUUUCAAUAAAUUUAAAAAAAAAAAAAGAAUAUUAUAACAUAAUACAAUCUUUUAAUAUACAUUUAUAAUUAAUGUGGGUGAACAAAAACUUUACAAUUAGAGAGGAAUUUUUUAUAUAUUUUAAGUUAAAUUUCUUUCUCUUUGUGUCAGUGAGUUUUGGUAAUGUUUGAAUGCUAGAAAUAAGUCUUGUAAAUUUUGUAUAUAUUCUUUGUAUUUAUGUAUUUUUAUUUUAUAAACAAUCUAGUGGGGAAACAAUAUGUUGGCUUAAUAUAUGCAAGAUUUUUUUUUUACUGAGUAUACAAAUCAUGCCAGUCUUUGAGUUGUUAUAAUUCAAUCUAGGACUUCCUGUUCAGAUUAAAAUAUUUGUUUUAAAGUAAUGAUCAAAUAAUAUUUAACAUUUGUUUUAUAUUUAUAUAUAUAUAUUAAUUAAUAUAUAUAUAUAUAUAUAUAUAUUUAUAUUGAGAAAUCAAGUCAUUAAUAAAUUAAAUAGCUUUUAUUUUUUUUGCUUGUAGCACGUCAUUACAAAAGUAGUGCUAGCACUAUUGCAUUAAUUGUCAAUAAUGAAUAAAAAUGGACAAUUUUACCCGGCCAUUGUGAUGUGCUCGUAACAAAUUAUUGUAAAUGUAACGGAAAUAUUUUCUUAUUUAGUAUAUCUUGACCCUCACACUGUGAUGUCACUGCUAGGCAUUGAAGCAGCAGUUGUAUAAUGCUACUAUAGUGAACAUAAAAUGGUCAUUAAUGUCAUCCUGGACGUUCACUGACAUAUAUAUAUUGGGCUAAAUUUGCAAAAUUAAUCCAUUCUUUUAGAUAUUAAAAAAAAAGACAGUAUUAAUUAUUUUGGUAUUUAGGAUUGUAACCUAGUCUGGAUGUUCAGCAGUGCAAAUAUUAAUUACUUUUGUAAAUAACAUAAAUUUAAUAGUGAGCUUAGGUCCACUUAUUCUACGAAUGUUAAAUAUAAAUAAAUUCUCCUCAGCUACAACCUUGAGAACCUGUAGUUAGCUUGUGUUUUCUAAAUGAUAUUUUACGUUUGUUUUUAUUCCAUUCUGGUUCAACAGAAUGUACUAUAGACCUCUACAGUGAAAGUAUUGUUAUGUUAUUCGUCUGUGUAGACUUUUAUUUAUCUUGUGUGAUUUAACAGACUGAAUAAAAAUAACAAACCAAAGUGCCCUCGUGUUAGUUGAACUAGGGAUCUAUUACAUGUUUUAAAAAUUUGUGUCGAUUUUAAAGAUUUUUUAAAUUUAAAUAUUUGAUUCACACUGAAUUGUGAUUGAUUAUAAAUUGUCACAGUAAUAAUAUGUAAAUGAAUGUAAUAAACUGACAUGUAUUACAAUUUUAAUUUUUCUAUCAUGCUUUCACAUUUUAUUCUUUUGUUUAUCACCAAUUUUAAUACCUUUAUUGGGACAAUGACAUAUAAAUGAGGUUUUACAUUGUUUAUUCUGCCAAAGUUAUAGAUUUAUUAAUUAUUUUUUUUAAACUACAUAACAAAAGUUUUCUCUGAAAGGAAAACAGUUUGACAACAGUGAACUGUCCAGCGUUAUUAUAAACUAAUAGAGCUUAGUAACUUUGUAUUAUGCUUUGGCAUAAUAGACAUUAAUUUGAUUUAACAACACUGUAUUAACCUAUGGUAUCUGUAAAUCAUAAAUUUGGUUUUAUUUGAAGGGUGUAUGUAUCAGGUUAUCGCCUCCCAUGUGUAUGUAUGUUGGGUGUAAACAUAGGGGUAUAUACAGGGUUACACUUCUGUUUUGAAUGUCUGUAUGAUACUUUUCCCAUAAAACCUGUGUAUGAUACUUUUCCCAUAAUGCACCUGUUGUUGUUGUUUUUUUCUAUGCAAAGAAUUGGGUGAUACAUUAUCAAAUUUACUGCUGCUCCUUAUUUCAUUUAUCUUCUUUUCUUUUCUUUAUUGGUGUGCCAAAUUUGUAAUAAAAGAUCAUGUAUACAAUACUGUUCUAUUUUAUACAUUAAGACUAUAUCAGCGGUUAUCAACCUUUUAAGCUCGGCGACCCCCUUUUUACAAUAUAUCACUCUGCCGCGACCCCCCCCCCCCCCCAUAGACACACACAGCAAUAGAAUAAUAGACAAUAACAAUCCUUAUUUUUGAUGGUCUUAGGCGACCCCUGGCAAAUCGUCAAUCGACCCCCAAGGGGGUCGCGACCCACAGGUUGAGAACCCCUGGACUAUAUCAUUAUUUUACUACCUAUUGUUGUCAAAGGUCUUAAAUAGUUUUCAGUCACUUAACCAUCAUCUUUAUGGCAUUAUGCCUAGCUCUUUAAUUGGUUUCUGCUGAUCUACUGUUUCUAAAAAAAAAAACAUGUAUAUAUGUAUAUUAGACAAACCAGAAAAGACUUACAUAUUGGUUACUUUUACUUUGAUUAUGAUAAAACCAUGUAUAACUACUGAUUUUAAUGUAAUCUGUGGAUCUGACAUGUGGUUAAAUAUAUAAUCGUGUUGGGGUAGGAUUAAUGUCUGCAAGAGUUUUGGAGUAAUAUCUUCAGAGGGUGUUAAUGGUUUAAAUUAUAUGUCUGCCUCUCUACCUAUGAACUGUGGAGGGGGAAGUUGAUACUUGUCAUGUACACAUUUUAGUAUCUGUAUUUCUCUAGGUCUGUCUGGGUUAGCUUUUCUUGUUGUAGUUAAUGGGUCUUUUUGGUUGUUUAAGCCCUGGUCCAACUGUUCACAAUUUAUCUGCUCUGUAACCGUUUCUUUUUUGCCAGUUUUCCAGACGAUCACUGAUGUGGUGAAGUUAUUUUGAGAAAGAUCAUGUGUGUAUUCUGGUUUGGCUAUUUUCUGCUAGAAGCACUGGUAGCGAGUGUGGACAUACAUGCCAGUAUUUCAUUGUGUACAUUCUGUUAUAGAUUGACUUUAUUGUCUUGUCUUAUAAAAUACAAAUGUUAAUUUAAAAAAAAGAAGAUGAUUACGUCCUAUGCGUUUUCCUAGGUCAGUCUAGUCAUGCUUGUUAACCAAUGACUUCAAUUCUGCCAAGUCAUUUUUUUUCCUUGCUGACUCAGGCAAUUCAUUCAAUGCUCUAAUAGCACUAGGGAAGAAGGAGCAUUUGUGCAGAUUUGUCCUAGCAUGUGCAACAAGGAAUGUGCCUUUAUCUUUGUGCCUUUCUAAGUAUUUUAUUAGGUUUUGUAUUUGAAGAUUAUAUGGUUCAGUGUCUCUAUUGUUGAAAUUGUUAUUGCCUCAACUGCAGUCUAAAAAUGACCCAGUUUUUUAGCAUCAUAUUCACCUGCCCAUUUUUUUAAACUUUCCUUAUUUGCUUUUGAGCACUAAUAUGCAGCCACUUAAAACUCCCAAUCAUUCUUAACCAAGGACUGUAUUUUAAACUAUCAAUAUGAAUUCUGUGCAAAACAAAAAUGUUUCUAUUGUCAUGACAACAUAAGAAAGUUUUAAGUUUCUGUUGAUUGUUUUUUUUUUUUUGUUUUUUUUAUCAAAUGUUGAUAUGUCUGUAGCAUCACUACAAUAUUCAUUAUCAUUUGCUCUUUAAACAUUUCAGAAAAAAAAAGAAAAGAACUAUAAUUAUAUAAUUGCAACUUCACAAUAGUUGAACAUGACUGUGCUUUGAUGGCUGACUUUAUUUCAUUGAUUAACAACUUCCUCAAUAAACAAAAACAAUUUAAAAUAGAAAA